AUGGCUACAUCUCAUAGAAACUUAGAUAAAAGUCCAUCUGCAUUAUUACGCCACAAUGUUCAGCAACUUAAACAGCACACACAAAAACUACAAACAAAUGCAAAAGAAGCUGUUCGACGUAUGCCAGUAGUUCUAACUGAACAACAGUUAAAACGUUUAAAAGAACAUAAAUAUGCAUCCGAAGGAACAACAUUAUUGGAUCCAUUUAUGCAAAUAUUUUGGAAAUGGCUGGUUGAAUUUUGUCCAUUAUGGGUUGCACCAAAUCUUCUAACUGUUGUUGGAUUAGCAAUAAAUAUUGGUACGAGUGUUUUACUUAUGGUAGAAACAAAUGGUGCCAAAGAACAGUGUUCACGAUGGAUAUAUUUUCUUACGGCACUUGGACUUUUUAUUUACCAAUCGCUCGAUGCUAUCGAUGGUAAACAAGCACGCCGUACGAAUUCUUCAUCGCCAUUAGGAGAACUCUUUGAUCAUGGUUGUGAUUCUGUUUCAUGUGUAUUUGUGACAAUUGCUUGUUGUUGUGCCGCUCAACUUGGUGUUUAUCCAUGGCUGAUGUUUUGGUCAUGUGUAUUAUCAUAUUUUGUCUUUUAUUGUGCUCAUUGGCAAACAUAUGUUUCGGGCAAACUGAAAUUUGGACGACUUGAUUGUACCGAAGCUCAAUUCUCUUUUAUUACUAUUCAUUUGAUCAGUACAAUAUCGCCUGGUUUUUGGUCAAAUUCAAUUCCUUAUCUACAACUUGAAUAUCGUAUACUUGUUGCAUUAUUAACGAUUGGCUCAACUCUAUGGAGUUCAUUUAAUAAUAUUCGUUUAGUUUCACAAGGUGGUUGUGGAAGAAAUUUCUCAUCAGUAGCUGGUACAAGUAUUAUUUUUCCUGGUUGGCCUAUUGGUUUACUUAUUUUUCUUGCUGUUGUUGCUUCCAAUUAUUCAACAUCAAGCGUACUUGAAGAACAUACAUCACUUCAUUUACUUUGUUAUGGUAUGGUUUUUUCAAAAAUUACCAAUCGUUUAAUUGUAGGGCAUAUGUCAAGAAGUCCACUGAAUGGAUGGGAUUCAUCCUGUAUUGGGCCUUUGGCUGUUUGUAUUAAUCAAUAUUUUAAUCUACUCAUCGAUGAACAUGUUUUACUUUGGUUUUUUCUCAUUUACAGCUUAUACGAUCUAUUACGAUACAAUAUUAAAGUCUGUCAAGAACUUUGUGAUUUCUUAGAUAUACAUUGUUUUCGAAUUAAACCACCCACCAUAGCGUCAACUUCUAAUCAUCAUUGA